CCUGGCGAGCGGGUGAGGAGCGGCGCGGCUCCGCUGACCCGCGAGCUCCCCUUGCAGCCCGACUCGGGACCGCGCCGUGGCACCGCUCCGGAGAGCCUCUCUUCCCUUCGGGAUGAAGAACGCGAUGGGGGAGGCGGUGUCCUUACUGCUAGAGAAGCUGCUCUUCGUGUCCAGUUUAAAGCUUUUCAGCCUGCGCGCUCCGGAAGAAGACAGGAGAAGCAACCGAUUCUACGAGGUCAGUUCUUUCCUCCGUGGUGAUGUGCUGGAGGUGCCUCGGACCCACUUAACCCACUAUGGCAUCUACCUGGGCGACAACCGCGUCGCCCACCUAAUGCCUGACAUUUUGCUGGCCCUGACCGCUGACCAGACGCGCACCCAGAAGGUGGUCUCCAACAAGCGCCUCCUCUUGGGCGUCAUCGUCAAGGUGGCCAGCAUCCGCGUGGACACCGUGGAGGACUUCGCCUACGGAGCCGACGUCCUGGUCAAUCACCUGGAUGAGUCUCUCAGGAAGAAGGCGCUGCUCAACGAGGAGGUGGCGCGGAGGGCCGAGGAGCGGCUGGGCUUGUGCCCCUACAGCUUGCUGUGGAACAACUGCGAGCACUUUGUGACUUACUGUAGAUAUGGCACCGCAGUCAGCCCCCAGGCCGACAAGUUUUGUGAGUAUGUGAAGAUAAUUAUCCGUGAUCAGAGAAGUGUUCUUGCUUCAGCAAUCUUGGGAUUGGCGUCUAUAGUCUGCAUGGGCCUGGCAUCAUUUAUUACCUUUCCUGCGAUUCUUAUACCAUUCUGCUUGUGGAUAUCUGGCUGACUUCAUAUAUCUGCAUCAGUGCAUUCUGUAUACAAAUAUGUUUAUAUUUAUAGAGCACAAAUCACUAUAAAUAUUGUUAAGAAAAAUGUGACCUAUAACACUAUGUUCUGAAUAAAAAUGUGAUUAAGAAUCACAUAAAAUGUUUACUGUAUACCAGGAACAAAGAUUUUCUAAUCUCACAUAGUUCCCUUGUAAAACACCAUUCAAUCCUUGGAAAUCUGAGAGCUUGUGAAAGAAUUCAGCUAUACAAGAAAAUCAUAUUCAAGAUGAUGCCACAGGAGAUUUAUUUGUGUGUUUUCUUUUCUCCAGUAAUCAUUGUUCCGUUAGGCCUACAUUUGAAGAUCGGAAGACUUAUUAAGAUCAUUCACUUUAUUGUAAGUUUAUUCUACUUUAUUGAAAGACAUAUUAAACUGAAAACAUUUUUCUUCAUUCAAGUGAAAACAUGCUUAAUUAGCCAAAAAAAAUCACCAAAAUUCAGUUUGUUUUUUCACAUAUCACAUGUACUCCCCAGUAAAUCAAGAAUAUUAUAUUCUCAUUAUAUGAAAUAAAUAUUGGCAAAAUUAGGUGUAAUUAAAAAGUAACUGAACAGAAGUAUAAAAAUCUGUUUUUUCACCUAAAUGACCUCCAUUAUAUAUCUAGUCAUUAUUACAUUUGAACAAUUUAGUUGGCUUUACUUACAAAGAAUUUGUUAAUUUUUUCCAUUUGUGU